AUGGACGAUGCGCCGCCCCGGUACGUACUCUUUCUACCGCCUAUACCAUCACCGCCUACCCUGUCAUCGCUAAAGAUCAGCUUCGGAGACACCAUCAGCCAGGUAUUGAAUGAAGUCGCCAGCCACUCCUCAGAUUCCUCAGAAGCAGCUAUAUUGGAAGUAGCUCUUGCAUGUCCUUCCCUGGUUGGACGACAGAACGCUCCACGAUCCUCCUUAUAUGGUGUCGUCCAAUCGAGUUUCGCAGCUGUAUACAAGCUAGUCUGUGUGAUAGCAGCCAAGGAUGGCGUCAACGUUGAGGACCGCAAUGGAGUCGAUGUUCGCAUAAUUCCGGUUGCAUGGUCCGGAAAUGGCUCCGCACAGUCUGCGACGCAUGCAGGACCGAUUGUAACGCUGGAGACUCUUGCACAGUCAGGUCGUCAAUGGCAGUACGCAUUUGGUGUGGAGACGGAUGCUGGUGAGAGUAUGGUCAAGGCCUUCGUAGCAGCAAAAAGUGGUCAAGCUUCUCCCGUCUCCGGGUCAUCAACAAGCACAUCGAACCAGAAGUCUCGGAUGCAGAAGCACUGCCAUGUUGCUGUUGGUGGAACAUUCGACCACUUACACAUCGGACACAAACUCCUUCUAACCAUGACCGUCUUCGCCGUAGAUGACAGGCCCUCAGGCGACCGAAGUGCAACGAUAGGCAUCACAGGCGACCAACUACUAGUCAACAAGAAGCACGCACAAGUCCUCGAAAGCUGGGCAGACCGGCAACGAUCAGUCCAGAACUUCCUCGACUCUAUCUUAAACUUCAGCUCAUCACAGCCGAGAAUCACUACCACAGACAACCCGGGACCCAACGGCAAAUCAACACACAUCCACUACCCCAACAACCUGGUCGUGAAGUGCACAGAGAUCCAAGACCCUUUCGGCCCAACCAUUACGGAGGAACAGAUCUCAACCCUGAUCAUAUCUGGUGAAACGAGAUCAGGUGGUAAAGCCGUCAACGACAAGCGGAAGGAGAAAGGCUGGACUGAGCUGGAGGUAUUCGAAGUUGACGUACUUGAUGCGGAAGAUGAAGGGGCGGAGGUCAAGGAGGGUUUUGGCAGUAAGUUGAGUAGUACUGCUAUCCGGGAGAAGCUGGCGAGGCAGACGGAGAGCGUGAGUACUGCUGGAGGUAGAAGUAAAGUAUGA